GACCAAUCACGCGUAGCGAGUGGUUUUGCUACUCUUCGUGAUCCACCUCCACGUGGGCUUUAGAGGCGCAUCUACAAAUGGGACCAGAGUACGUGAGAGGGACAGGACAGCUAGCCAAUGAGACUUCGGGAUGUUAAUAGACGUGGUGAGGCUGCUGCCAGGUUGAGGGCGGAAGGAGUUCUGGCUAAGACGGGGAGCGAAAGAUGGCGGCAGAACCGCUGCUGUCCAGGCUGUUGGGGUUGCUGCUUUUGGGACUCUUGUUACCCGCAAGCCUGACUGGCGGUGUCGGGAGCCUGAACCUGGAGGAGCUGAGUGAGAUGCGUUAUGGGAUCGAGAUCCUGCCGUUGCCUGUCAUGGGAGGGCAGAGCCAAGCUUCGGACGUGGUGAUUGUUUCCUCUAAGUACAAGCAGCGCUAUGAAUGUCGCCUGCCAGCUGGAGCCAUUCAUUUCCAGCGUGAAAGGGAGGAGGAGACACCUGCUUACCAAGGGCCUGGGAUCCCCGAGUUGCUGAACCCAAUGAAAGAUGCUCCUUGCCUGCUGAAGACCAAGGACUGGUGGACAUACGAAUUCUGUUAUGGACGCCACAUCCAGCAGUACCACAUGGAAGAUUCAGAGAUCAAAGGUGAAGUCCUCUAUCUCGGCUACUACCAAUCGGCCUUCGACUGGGAUGAUGAAACAGCCAAGGCCUCUAAGCAGCAUCGCCUGAAACGCUACCACAGCCAGACCUAUGGCAACGGGUCCAAGUGUGACCUCAACGGGAGGCCCCGGGAGGCUGAAGUUCGGUUCCUCUGUGACGAGGGAGCUGGUAUUUCUGGGGACUACAUUGAUCGUGUGGAUGAGCCCUUGUCCUGCUCCUAUGUGCUGACCAUUCGGACUCCUCGGCUCUGCCCCCAUCCUCUCCUCCGGCCCCCACCCAGUGCUGCUCCCCAAGCCAUUCUCUGCCACCCUGCCCUGCAGCCUGAGGAGUACAUGGCCUACAUUCAGAGGCAAGCUGACUCCAAGCAGUAUGAAGAGAAAAUGAUAGAGGAGCUGCAAGACCCUCAAAUGUGGAGUGAGACCAAAUCUGGGGUGGUACCUACAAAGAGAGCAGGUGCAAGCCCAACCAAGGAUGGCAGUAAGGAAUCAGAUUUCUGGAAGAUGAUUCAUGAACCAGAGGACCAAGUCCAAGGAAAGGACGAAGCACAGGCUGAGGAGCAGGAAACAAACAUUGAGCCAGCAGAUCCAGCUCCAGGCUCUCCCAGUGAUUUUCAGAACAAUGUGCAGGUCAAAGUCAUCCGGAGUCCUGCAGACUUGAUUCGAUUGAUAGAGGAGCUGAAAGGUGGAGCCAAAAAGGGGAAGCCACAUGCAGGCCAAGAGCAGCCUGAAGACGAUGCUGCAGAAGUCCCUCAAAGGGAACCAGAGAUGAAGGAAAAGGGGGACGCAGAACAUCCGAAUGAGGUGGAAGAAGAGGAGGAGGAGGAGGAUGACGAUGAAGAUGAGGAUGAACGGCAGUUACUGGGGGAAUUUGAAAAGGAACUGGAAGGGAUACUGCUCCCGUCAGACCGAGAGCGGCUCCGUUCGGAGGUGAAGGCUGGCAUGGAGCAGGAGCUGGAGAACAUUAUCCAGGAGACAGAGAAGGAGCUGAACCCAGAUGGGCUGAAGAAGGAGUCAGAGCGGGAUCGGGCUAUGCUGGCCCUGACAUCCACUCUCAACAAACUCAUCAAAAGGCUGGAGGAAAAGCAGAGUCCAGAGCUAGUGAAGAAGCACAAGAGAAGGAAGAUUGUCCCCAGAAAGCCUUCCCCCUCCCUCCGACCAGCAGAGGAGGAUCCUGAGCACAGAGUCCGGGUCCGGGUCACCAAGCUCCGUCACAGAGGCCCCAAUCAGGAUCUGACAGUCCUCGAGAUGAAACGGGAAAACCCACAGCUGAAACAAAUCGAGGGGCUGGUGAAAGAGCUGCUGGAGAGGGAGGGACUCACAGCUGAAGGGAAAAUUGAGAUCAAAAUUGUCCGACCAGGGGCUGAAGGGACUGAGGAGGAUGCACGCUGGCUGACUGAUGAGGACACGAAAAACCUUAAAGAGAUUUUCUUCAAUAUCUUGGUACAGGGAGCUGAAGAGGCACAGAAGGAACGGCAGCGACAGAAAGAGCUGGAGAGCAAUUACCGCAGGGUGUGGGGCUCUGGAGGUGGGGAGGGCACAGGGGACCUGGAUGAGUUUGACUUCUGAGACCACUACUACCAUCGGUUGGCCAAGGAGUCCAGAGUCUUCCUAGAUUGGCCCCACUGCCUCCCCACUCAUCUCCCACCCCCUGGGACCCUGAAGGUAAAACAGUAGAGUAAAGCUGAGCUGUGGACUUCUGGGGCCCCAGCCAGGGGUGUAGAAGGGCCAUGGGGUGAGUACUGCUGCUACUGCUGAGAGCUGCCCUGAAGACCACCCUAGCCCUGUGAGUUUUGCUCUCUGAGGCUUCUCCCCACAUCCCCUGCCUGUUAUGUCCCUUAACUUGUUGGUCCCUGUUCCCUCCCUACCUAGAGAUCUUUUGAAUGGAGUAGAACAGGGGAACAAAAAGUGUGUGCUGUGUAAUAGGCCCUAAGAGACUGGCCCUGACCCUGCCCUGCUGCUAUUGGGAGUCACCUACCCCCUUCCCUUGGAUUGGAUUGGGAUUUCCUGCUCCUUUCCCUUCCCAUACUGUUCCCUACAAUCUGUGCUUCUGAGUUGAGGUGCCUUCCUCUGUUGCUGAGAAAAUGGGAGAAAGUUGCCCACCACCUCUGACACAAUCCAGUGAAAAGGGUGGGGUACAGACCCACCCAUCAUGUUGUUGAACAAUCAGGUUUCUAAAUAAAGAACUGGACCAUCACUCCA